AAGAAAAAGAGUUGAUGUGGGAGUGAGAGAAAGUGGGAGUGUGUGUAUGAGAGAGAGAGAGAGGCAGAGUACUCCCAGCACAGUCUGACCAGGGUUUCGGUGUCCUUUCCAUGUGGAUUACAGCUCGCACCACUUACUGGAGACUUGUGUUGGACAAACACUGGGGAUUUCUGUUGGAGUGUUUUGAUUUUUGACUCAACCAUUUGAUGGACUUGAGUAGUUAAUUCAGGCUGUUGUAGAUGAGUAUGGAGGUGAACGGUCGUGCCCUGCCACCCUCAAUACCUGAGGAUGGUGAAGCCCCGGACCAUGUUACACAUGGGGAGAUGAACGGUUAUCAUCAGAGGCUUCAGGGCGGUGAUGGGGGAGAGGCGGAGGUCCCGGUAUCCAAGUCCCAAAGACGAAAGAGCGAUGUCAAAGUCUAUAAGGAGUUUUGUGAUUUUUAUGCUCGCUUCAAUAUGGCCAACGCUCUGGCCAACGCAAUGUGCGAGCGCUGCAAGAGCGGUUUUGCCCCGGCUGAGAAGAUAGUGAACAGUAAUGGGGAACUUUACCACGAGCAGUGCUUUGUGUGUGCCCAGUGUUUCCAACAGUUCCCUGAGGGACUCUUCUAUGAGUUUGAAGGCAGGAAAUACUGUGAACAUGACUUCCAGAUGCUGUUCGCUCCCUGCUGCCACCAGUGUGGUGAGUUCAUCAUUGGCCGUGUGAUCAAGGCUAUGAACAACAGUUGGCAUCCAGACUGUUUCUGCUGUGAUAUCUGCCAGGCUGUGCUCGCUGAUGUUGGAUUUGUGAAGAAUGCUGGAAGGCACCUGUGUCGUCCAUGUCACAAUAGAGAGAAAGCCCGGGGCCUUGGCAAGUACAUCUGCCAGAAGUGCCACGCCAUUAUUGAGGAGCAGCCUCUGCUGUUCAAGAAUGAUCCGUACCACCCUGAUCACUUCAACUGCAACAACUGCGGUAAGGAGCUGACCUCUGAUGCCAGGGAGCUGAAGGGGGAGCUCUACUGUCUGCCUUGCCACGACAAGAUGGGCGUCCCCAUCUGUGGGGCCUGUAGGAGACCCAUCGAGGGCCGUGUGGUCAAUGCCAUGGGCAAGCAGUGGCAUGUGGAGCAUUUUGUGUGUGCUAAGUGUGAGAAACCCUUCCUGGGACACCGUCACUACGAGCGCAAGGGCCUGGCCUACUGUGAAACACACUACAACCAGCUGUUUGGAGAUGUUUGCUACCACUGCAAUCGUGUCAUCGAAGGAGAUGUGGUGUCUGCCCUCAACAAGGCAUGGUGUGUCAACUGUUUUGCCUGCUCUACCUGCAACACCAAGCUCACCCUCAAGAACAAGUUCGUGGAGUUUGACAUGAAGCCAGUGUGUAAGAAGUGCUACGAGAAGUUCCCUCUGGAGCUGAAGAAGAGGCUGAAGAAGCUGUCUGAAACUGUUGCACGGAAGUAAACACACACAGAAAAAGAUGAGAUUCCAAGGUGGCCCAGCAAGUCACAUUUUCCAGAGUCAUUAACAAUCAUAUAAGAUAGCAAUUGUUUGUUGCGUAAGAUUGGUAUUUUAAAUUUAGGUCAUCAUUUCAGCCACGGAGGAGCCUUUCAUGGAGCCUGACACUGACGGAUGGUCAGUCAGUCAGUAGGUGUAACAUUAACCUGUUCAGUGCCUUUUGGUACAAAUACUGCACUGCAUAUUUUUCACAUGCUUGCCUUAUUUCACUUUCACUAUUAAAGUUUGUAAACUCAGAUGAUGAUGGUCCAGUGUUUCUCAUGAUGCUAGACCAUUUGUCCUCAGACUCAUGUUACUGAUACUCUUGCAUAAUAAUGGAGUAAACCAAAAGGAAGUUUGAUUGAAUGUGUAGGUAAAGUCGCUCAUACUUCCUGUUUCCAUCAACAUGUCUUUGUUUUAUUAAUGUAUCUAUAUUGUAUGUAUUUCCUAUAAUAUUGCGCAGAAAAAGUUGGCUAGUUGCUUUAUUGACAUCAUACUGUCACUGCUUUAAAGCUACAGUGAUGGACUCAACCAUCACCUGUCCUUUUAUAUGUUGCACUGUCUUGUUAUGUGCUAUACAUUUUAUGUGUGAAACAAUCUAUGUGUACUGUUUUUUUGCAGAGUUACCAGCUUAUUAGGAUCAAUGAAUCCCAAGUUUAUAACAGCCAGUUUUUGUUUUAUCUACUCUAAUUCAAGUAAAUACAUGAGGCCAAUGUUACAAAUGCCUCUCAAAGUCCAAUUCAACUCCAUAACCACAGUACAUCUUAAAGAUGACUCUAAAGAUGACGCAACACCUGUCCCUGAACAAAAUAAGCUUCACGGCAACAGGAUUUAUUGCAUGGCAACUGGUAACUCUGUGCGUUACAACAUGACAGCUUGUGGCAUGUGCAGAGACCGGAUGUGGGAGUAAUGUUAGAUGGUGGAACAUGUGUCUCUGCUGUUUGUAAUCCAGAGAAAGUGAUCCUCUUAGAGAGGUGUACCGACUUCCUCAAGGCUCAGACCCUAUUAGGAAAGAAAGCCAACUGUUGGGAAUGAGAAAAUGUUUUACUCAAGCAGUAUUUUAUUUCAGAACGCUUAUCUAUGACAUAGUAGUUCAAUAGAAAAACACAUUCCACUGUUCCUUGAAAAUACAAAGCGUGUCUUGGUUUGUGGUGUGAAUUUCGCCACACGUGCCACAGCAUUUCUCGUGUCACUUAGAAGUAAAACUAUCCACCGGACUGUUCGUUGUGAAACAGAACUUCAGCUCAACUAAAAAUAGUCCAGUGGAGAGUUUUAUUUGAGAUCUUACUACCUGGGGGACUGAAAUGACUCUACACAGACAGAUGUUGCUCUUAUUUUGUAUUUUAUCCUCACAAUGCUUGUCAAGAGACUAUAUUUAUUCAUGUAAACACACCAAAGUGCAUGUUCUAGACUUGAAUGGAGAGGUUUUUUUGUCAUUAUAUCAAAGAUAAGUCUGCAAACUCAUCUGAAUAAACAUGUAUGUCAGUGCCA